AUGAUGUGGAUGAACACGGGUAAAAGACAGUGCGAAGCCUGGGGAGGUGCCCAGCCCAGCAACUGCCCGCCUGCUCCUCCCACCUUUGGUUGUCUGACCGCUCGCAAGGCGGCAGACCACCACCCGUACAUGACCUCCAACCAAACAGCACUCGUUGCGAUCGACGGCUUGAUCUCACCGCCUGCUACUCGCGAGGAUUUUACGAUCUUGAGUCUGAGCGACACGCACUUUUAA